GAAGCACCAUCGUCGUCAUCAGCAAAGCUGAGAGUCAAAGCCCUCAUAGCUUGCGACCCUCCAUCUCGGUGGCAACUCGUUUCCCUCUCUUACUUUCUCUAUCCACAGUGCAUUUCGUCUCUCUCUCUCUCAGGGCUCGAAAUUUCUCACGAGCUAUCCAACUGCUUGUGUUUUGAUGCUGGGGGCAGUAUGCUGGUGAUAGUUGGGGGAAAUGCAAAGGUAUCAUGCUGGCAGCUGCACUAGUGCAGUUAAUAACAGUGGAAUUGGUGGGCCUUCAGCUAGGGACACUGGAAGAUCUGAAUCAUCUUUACCAGCUAACUACUUGAUCAGUUCAAGGCGUCAACCACAGCUAGCCCCAUACAAAUUGAGGUGCGAUAAAGAGCCGUUAAACUCUAGACUUGGGCCACCAGAUUUUUUCCCCCAAACACCAAAUUGCCCUGAGGAGACUCUAACAAGAGAAUAUGUGCAAUCUGGAUAUAGAGAGACAAUUGAGAGCCUUGAGGAAGCAAGAGAAAUUUCACUGAACCAGGUUGCAAACUUUAACAAGACAAUUGUUCUAAAUUGCAAAGAGGCCAUUAGAAAACGCCUGAGGGCCAUCAAUGAAUCUCGUGUUCAAAAGCGGAAGGCUGGUCAAGUCUAUGGUGUUGCUCUUUCAGGAUCACAUCUCACUAAGCCUGGUGUUUUCCCUGAACUAAGGCCAUGUAGUGAAGACUUGCGGAAGAAAUGGAUUGAGGGCUUAUCUCAACAGCACAAACGAUUACGUUCUUUGGCUGAUCAUGUUCCUCAUGGUUAUAAGAAGAAAUCACUUCUAGAAGUUCUUAUCAAGAAUAAUGUUCCAUUACUGAGGGCAACCUGGUUUAUUAAAGUAACUUACCUCAACCAGGUUCGGCCUGGAUCUGCCUCAUUAUCUUCAGGGACUGCUGAUAAAACUCAGCUGACUCGUUCUGAGCAUUGGACUAAAGAUGUUGUUGAUUACCUGCAAUCUCUUCUGGAUGAAUUCUUCUCAAAAAAUGCUUCUCAUUUUGCUCCUAAUAGUCGGGAUCGAUCACCACAAAUUCCUUAUGCUGGUUCGCUGCAACACAGAAUUGAUUCAUUAUCAUCUUUUUCUGAUUCUGAUGAGCCAUCUUUACAUUUUAAAUGGUGGUAUGUUGUGCGGCUUCUGCAAUGGCAUCACACUGAAGGGCUGAUUCUUCCCUCUCUUGUCAUUGAUUGGGUUUUGACUCAAUUAAAGGAAAAACAAAUGCAUGAGAUUUUACAGCUGCUAUUGCCUAUUAUUUAUGGCUUUUUAGAAACCAUUGUUCAAUCUCAAGCAUAUGUACGCAGUCUUGCUGGAAUAGCACUUCGCAUCAUUCGUGAUCCUGCACCCGGUGGAUCAGAUCUAGUUGACAAUUCUCGGAGGGCAUAUACAACGUCUGCUCUGAUUGAGAUGCUUCGGUAUUUAAUUCUUGCAGCACCAGAUACUUUUGUUGCUUUAGAUUGCUUUCCUUUACCAUCCUGUGUGCUUUCGCAUACAGUAAAUGAUGGGAAUUUUCUACUGAAGACAUCUGAAGUGGCGGGAAAGGUAAAAAGUAGUUCAGAAGAUGCUGCAUUUAUGUUUAGAAGUAAAGGACUUGAUGCGCAAUAUCAAUCAUUGGCAUUUAGCCAUGUUAUUACAUCCAUUCAAAAGCAUGCAGGAGAUCUUGUGAAAGCUGCAAACCCAGGCUAUCCUGGUUACUGUCUAGCUAAGGCUGCUCAAGUUUUGGAUAAGUCCCUUAUGUUAGGUGAUAUACAUGGAGCCUAUAAGUUACUCUUUGAAGACCUUUAUGAUGGGGUUGCAUCUGAAGGGUGGAUUUCGAAAGUCAGCCCUUGCUUAAGGUUAUCACUCAAGUGGAUCGGGACUGUGAAUAUGUCACUCAUUCAUUCUGUGUUUUUCCUCUGUGAGUGGGCAACAUGUGAUUUCAGGGAUUUUCGGGGUGCUCCCCUAUGUGACAUCAAGUUCACAGGCAGGAAAGAUCUUUCUCAAGUGCAUAUAGCAGUUAGGAUUUUAAAGAUGAAUAUGAGGGAUAUGCGGAAUCGUCCAAGGCGAAAGAAUGAAAGCAUUCAUGGAGUCAGCAACUUAGCAAAAUGUUCUGGACAGCAGAGUACCCAGACUUUUAUGGCUAACGUGUCAAAAGUAAAAUCCAAAUCAAAAAACGGAUACAGUAGUAGAAGUCCGUCGCUUAUGUUUGAAAGCCCAGGUCCCCUACAUGAUGUUAUAGUUUGUUGGAUCGAUCAGCAUGUGGUCCAUAAAGGUGAAGGUCUCAAACGACUUCAUUUGUUCAUAGUGGAGCUCAUACGGGCAGGUAUAUUUUACCCCUUGGCAUAUGUACGCCAGCUAAUAGUGAGUGGGAUCAUGGAUAUGAAUGUGAAUGUGGUUGACCUAGAGAGACAGAAGAGACACUACCGAAUCCUGAAGCAACUUCCUGGCCAGUUUCUGCGUGAUGCAUUGGAAGAAUCAGGCCUAGUUGAGGAGCCGCAUCUUGUGGAAGCUUUGCAAAUCUACUCAAAUGAACGGCGCCUUAUGCUUCAUUCUCCUCUUAGCGAUCACUUUAAUGACAAUAAUGGUGCUGGUUCAUCUGGUCUAAAGAAAAAAUUUUCAGAUUCCACAAAGGAUGGAGCUUCUAUAGGUCCAAUUGAUCACUGGAAAAAUGUACCUUCUAAACUGUCUUCAAAAAAUAUAAAAAAUAACAUUGAUAUUGAAGAACUGAAAGAAGCCAUCUCAAUGCUGCUACACUUACCUGGUAGCUUUUCUAAUUUGAGCUCUGUGGGAUCAGAUGACUCUCAAGGGAGUGUUAAAAGACCUAUUGGGUCUCCUCAGAGCAAGAGUGAUCCGGGGGAAGUUACACCUGGGUGUGAAGAAUGCAGAAAGGCAAAGAGACAAAAAUUAAGCGAGGAAAGAAAUUCAUUUGGUCAAGGUCAUUCUCCCGUUCUAUCUGAUGAUGAAGAUACAUGGUGGGUGAAGAAGGGGCUGAAGUCCUUGGAGUCUCUGAAAGUUGAUCAACCACUUAAACCAAUCAAGCAGGUUACUAAAAGUCGCCAAAAGACUGUGCGCAAAACCCAGAGUCUUGCACAAUUGGCUGCUGCUAGAAUUGAGGGUAGCCAAGGAGCAUCUACUAGUCAUGUCUGUGAUAACAGAGUCAGUUGCCCUCACCACAGAACUGCCAAUGAGGGUGACAGCUCAAAGUCAGUGGAUGGAAAUCGAACAAGUCGAUGUGGGGAUAUAGUUUCAGUAGGGAAAACACUAAAAAGGCUUCGCUUUGUUGAGAGAAGAUCAGUAACAGUUUGGUUGAUGACUGUAGUUAGGCGUCUCAUAGAAGAGACUGAGAAAAAUGUUGGCAAGGUUGGCCAGUUUGGUAGGCCUUUUGCUGUUGUGGAUGAUCGGAGUUCAAUACGGUGGAAACUUGGUGAGGAUGAACUUUCUGCUAUAAUUUAUCUGAUGGAUAUCUCGGAUGAUUUAGUAUCAGCUGUCAAGUUCCUCCUCUGGUUGCUGCCUAAGGUUGUCAUUAGCCCCAGUUCUACUAUUCCUAGUGGCAGGAAUGUUCUGAUGCUGCCAAGGAAUGUGGAAAACCAAGUUUGUGAGGUGGGAGAGGUUUUGCUAUCAUCACUGCGAAGGUAUGAAAACAUUCUAGCUGCAGCAGAUCUUAUUCCUGAAGCUUUGUCAGCUGCUAUGCAUCGUGCUGCUGCUAUCGUAGCAUCCAAUGGGAGAAUUUCAGGUUCAGGAGCACUACCCUUUUCUCGUUAUUUGUUGAAAAAAUAUGGUAGUGUGAGUGGCGUCAUUGAGUGGGAGAAAAAUUUUAAGGCAACAUGUGAUAAGAGGCUUUCCUCUGAACUUGAGUCUGGACGGUUAGUGGAUGCGGAGUUGGGGAUUCCACUUGGAGUACCAGCAGGAGUUGAGGACCUUGAUGAUUUUUUCCGUCAAAAGAUUAGUGGUGGACGGUUAUCCAGAGUAGGUUUGGGUAUGAGAGACAUUGUGCAGCGUCAUGUUGAAGAGGCAAUUCACUAUCUUUUCGGGAAAGAGAGGAAAGUAUUUGCUUCUAGCACUUCAAAAGGUCCUGCUGUUGAAAAAUGGGAUAAUGGAUAUCAGACUGCUCAACAAAUAGUUGUGGGUCUGGUUGAUUGCAUAAGGCAGACUGGUGGUGCUGCACAAGAAGGGGAUCCUUCUUUGGUCUCUUCAGCUGUUUCUGCCAUUGUUGGUAGUGUUGCAAAAAUGCCUGAUUUUUCAGCAGGCAGUAAUCAUUCAAGUAGUACAUCGGCUACUACUUCCUUGAACUAUGCCAGAUGCAUUUUGCGGAUGCAUAUUAUUUGCCUUUGUUUGCUUAAGGAAGCCCUUGGAGAGCGCCAAAGCCGUGUAUUUGAAAUUGCACUUGCUACAGAAGCUUUCACUGCUCUUGCUGGUUCUGGUAAAGCAUCCCGAGGUCAGUUUCAAAUGUCUUCUGAAGUCCAUGACACCAAUACUAGUAUUUCAAAUGAUGUACAAAUUAAUUCUAAUAAAGUCGUGGUUGGUAAAGCAACAAAAAUUGCUGCGGUUUCUGCACUUGUUGUUGGUGCAAUUAUAUAUGGUGUUACCAGCUUGGAAAGAAUGGUAACAAUUCUAAAAUUAAAGGAGGGGCUGGAUGUAGUACAAUUUGCAAGAAGUACAAGAUCUAAUUCUAAUGGGAAUGCACGUUCAGUUGGGGCUUUUAAAGUUGAUGGUUCGAUUGAACUUUAUGUUCAUUGGUUUAGAUUGCUUGUUGGGAACUGCAGAACCGUUUGUGAAGGAUUAGUGGUGGAACUCUUGGGUGAGCCUUCUAUUAUAGCUCUUUUAAGGAUGCAGCGAAUGCUCCCUUUAAGCUUGGUCUUUCCACCUGCCUACUCAAUAUUUGCCUUUGUUAUGUGGCGGCCUUUCAUUCUGAAUGCUAAUAUUGCAGUCCGUGAAGACAUGAAUCAACUGUAUCAGUCUCUUACAAUGGCCAUGAAUGAUGCAGUGAAACAUUUGCCUUUUCGAGAAGUAUGUUUGAGAGACAGUCAGGGUCUUUAUGAUCUCAUGGCUGCAGAUUCAAGUGAUGCUGAAUUUGCAAAUUUGCUUGAGUCAAAUGGCUCUGAUAUGCAUUUGAAGUCUAAGGCCUUCAUUCCUCUCCGUGCCAGGCUUUUUCUGAAUGCCAUCAUUGAUUGUAAGAUGUUACAAUCUAUGUUUACACAGGAGGAUGGGAGCCGGAUUUCUGGUCAUGGCGAGUCUAAAAUUCGGUUCAAUGAUAGUGAAUCAAAGCUGCAGGAUAAGCUUGUGAAUGUUUUAGAUAGCUUGCAACCUGCUAAAUUUCACUGGCAGUGGGUGGAACUCAGGCUGCUUCUUAAUGAACAAGCCCUCAUUGAAAAACUUGAGACACACGACAUGUCCUUGGCCAAUGCUAUACAGCGAUCCUCACCUAGUUCAGAGAAGGCUGCUUCUGCUUCUGAAAAUGAGAGCAAUUUUAUAAUAAUUAUACUCACAAGGUUAUUGGUCAGACCUGAUGCUGCACCCCUUUUCUCAGAGUUGGUCCAUCUUUUUGGCAGAUCACUGGAGGAUUCAAUGUUGUUGCAGGCAAAAUGGUUUCUUGGAGGUCCAGAUGUGCUUUUUGGUCGGAAGACAAUAAGACAAAGGCUAAACAAUAUUGCUGAGAGUAAAGGCCUUUCUGUUAAAACCCAGUUUUGGGAGCCCUGGGGAUGGUGUAGUCCUGGUAGUGAUUCAUUUACUAAUAAGGGGGACAAAAAGAAAUUUGAAGCUGCUUGUCUUGAAGAAGGAGAAGUUGUUGAAGAGGGAAUGGACUUGAAAAGGACCCUAAAGGGGCUCUCUCAUGGAAAUGAUUCAGAGAACUUGAGCAUAAUUCAGCAGCAUGUGACUGAAAGGGCUCUUAUUGGGUUGAUACUUCCUUGCAUUGAUCAAAUCUCUGAAGAAUCUCGCAAUUCCUUUGCAAAUGAUUUGAUCAAGCAGUUGUAUAAUAUUGAGCAACAAAUAACUGCAGUUACUCGUGGGCCGAGUAAGCCAGCCGGAAGUACUCCUUCUGGAAUUGAAGGUCAAACAAAUAAAGUAAAUAGCCGCAAGAAUAUGAGAGGUGGCAGCCCUGGGUUAGGAAGGCGACCAGCAGCUGCUACAGUAUCUGCUACAGAUUCUGCUCCACCUUCCGCUGCAGCAUUACGUGCUUCAAUGUCAUUACGUUUGCAAUUACUCAUGAGAUUUCUUCCCAUUCUUUGCACAGAUAGGGAGCCAUCUGUGCGGAAUAUGAGAAACUCACUUGCCUCUGUAAUUCUUCGUCUUCUCUGUAAUCGGGUCGUGCAUGAGGAUGCUGACAUUUUGGUGGAUGCCAUGCAUUCUUCUCUUCUGAAGAGGGAAGUGGAAUCACCUUCUGAAGCUGCUUUGGUAGAUUUUUCUGUUGAUGGUUUGUUUGAUCGUUUGUUGCUGGUUUUGCAUGCACUGUUGAGUGAUUGCCUUCCCAGUUGGCUCAAGUCAAAACCUUCCUCGAAGACAACUAAUGAACCUAUCAGGGAUUUUUCUGGUUCUGAUCGAGAAUUGCUGGAGACUUUGCAGAAUGAACUUGAUCGGAUGCAAUUGCCAGAUGCUAUCAGGUGGCGAAUCCAAGCUGCUAUGCCAGUCCUUCUUCCCUCUCUGCGGUGCUCUUUGUCCUGCCAGCCACCAUCUGUCCCAAUUUCUGCUACUGUUUCUCUCCAACCAGGUGUUGCAAAUUCUGGGUUUAGUUCCAACAGUUCGAAUGUACCUCAGAAGAAUUUGAUUCCAUCAUCAAGAAGUGUAGUUAACACAUCAGGGAAGUUGAAACAACAGGACAAUGACUUUGAAGUUGACCCUUGGACACUGUUAGAAGAUGGUGCUGGACUCAGCCCGUCUACUAGUAAUACUGCUAGUGGUGACCAUGUUAGUCUUCGAGCUGCUGGUUGGCUUAAAGGGGCCAUAAGGAUGCGACGAACAGAUUUAACAUACAUUGGUGCGGUGGAUGAUGAUAGUUAAUUUGACAUGAUUUUUAAUUGGUUUGGCUCUGGAGAAACCCCUCAGGCAUGUGCACUCGAUUUUCCAUUAUCUAUGAUGCAUGCAUUACUGGCAUGAAGAUGCCGUUUUGUGCUUGCCCUUCGCAGCUUGAAGAAGGAAGGUUGAGGGGUUAGAUUAUUUGGAAGAAACGGGUAAAAUGGUGGGUCCUUUGUUGAAAAGGAAAAGCGAAGGCAAUGAUUUUGAGCCAGCCCGUUCUGCCGAUGGCCGGUUGACUACUAACCUGUUGAUCAUCCCCUUCUGACUUGCUCUAAUGGCACGGUUUUGGGAGAUUUGGUGUAUAUAUAGGGAUAUGAUUUUUUUUUCCCACUUUUUAUCUAUUGAUCUGGGCAAUAUAUCUCAAGUAAUAUCUCCUGUUUCGUGCCCA